UCACAAUAUAAUAAAAUAAGUACAGAAAUUUCCCCUCAAAACUUCGCAGCCUCACCUCACGGUCCCACUAGGAUGUCGCAGAGAAAUUUAGUGGCUGUAUGGCUUCUCUGUCUCAUCGUGCUGCGCACGAGUUUCAUCGGCCAGACGAAAGCCUCGCUGAUUGUUCGCGCCGACGUUCGGAGCAUCGAGGGCAUUGAGGAGCUUGCCAGGGAUCCAAAAAUCACGCCUAUAGUUGUUCCCGGCUCUGGAUUUCUGUGGCUCCUUGAGACAUCGGAAACGGACGUCUUCAAGAAAGUCCUCGAGAAGAUCAGAAGCCGGAAAGCAGUUUUCAAACGGCAUGAUUUGUUCAGUGUACCAAUCCUCAAGCGAAUCUUGAAGGGCGAGGCAGCCAUGAUCUUCACCCAACAACCCAUUGCGGGAGAGAUGAAAGAACGCUGCAGCCAACUGGGAGACAUGGAGGGCGAGUUCUACUACGCGCCGAAGUUGGUGGCGCAGCUACCGAUUUCCUUGUUCAUGAGGAAAGGACUGGACAAGAAACUCCGCGCCAGCAUUGGAGAAAAGAUUGAGCUGUUCAUCGAGCGGGGAUUCAUUCACAAGCUGUUCCGCGACAGCGGCCACGAGGAGACGCCCUGCCUGCGGGAGUCGGCGCUCAGCCAGCAGAAGGUCAACACUGACCGAAGCCAGUUGGACGGUCUGCGAGGAAUAUUCUUCACCUGGCUCACUGGACUCGCUCUCGCCGCGCUAGUUCUGGUCGCCGAGCAAUUGCAUGACUGCUAUCACAAGGCCACUGCCUCUUCGCGGCCCAAAGUACUCCGUGCCAGACCAGCACGUCUGCGUCGGCGUGGAUUUCGCCCCAUUUUGCUGCCGUCUAAUUCGUCACUCGUCCCAGUAUUUCCUCAGUGAUAAGUAGCAUGCAGAGUUGAUAAAAAUGGUUACUCUGUGGCACCUUUGGUUGUCAUUUACGCUAUGUGAAUACAUGAAAAAAAAUUUCCGUAUGGAGAAGCAGCAGUAAUUGGGUGUUAGGUGCGAUCGCAAGUGGCAUGAUGGAGUGGGCUGGUUUGAUUUCCAUUUUGCUUUUGCGUGUUCACGGUAUGAGUUUCUAUAUGGAAUAAACAGAAAUGGCCAUCUCCGACAGGCAGCCGUUAAGGCUUCAAAGGACAUCGCAGGUGACGUGACUGUACCUAAUAGCGUAUUUUGCUGAGUCCAUGUCAUCGCUAGGGGCGCCGCAAGCUCCGCACAGAUUCUUGAUAAAUAGUUUUUGAAACAAAGAAAAUGUUUGUGGCCAGCGUUGUCGUUUAGCCUGCACUUUGAUGUUACAAGAAUUGAAGGCCACAAGAGUAAUUUUCUCGUACGUAGACAAGACCAUGGUGUCACGUAGAUUCUGGCUUCUGCAGCAAGUUUACGACGAGGCCGACCCUGGGAAUACAUCUAAGAGAGAGAGAGAAAGUAAGGAGAGGAAAGGUAGGGACAUCAACCAGACGACAGUCUGGCUUGCUACCGUGCACUGCGAGUUAGGGAAAGGAGGAAUAGAAAGAGAAAAAGUGGGAGAGAAUGAGCCUUGAACGAACGCAAUAGGAUGGACUGUAGGAUUGCUAUCGAUCGCUGUGGCCGGCGUCACCAAAAAAAAAAAGAAAAGAGAAGAACUGCUGUAGCGGGUGAAUAGCUUUAUGUGCGAUCAAUGGAUGUUGCCACGAUCCAAUCAUUUUUGUUUCAAUAAAUGUAGUACAGUCGAAUUGGUUUAGUGUGGUAAGUAAGGAGAUGCGUUGAACAUCGUAUAUAAGACGAUUGCACAACAGGUGCUUGAUGGUUUGUCGGGACUCAAGAUAGUCACACAUUGGUGUAUCGGUAAUUGCACGGUCUAAAGAAUGCGCGUUCGUAAAUGCCACAUCGGUAGAACAGUGUUG